UAUUAGACAAAUUGUUCAAAUCAAUAUCAAAACAUAAAAUAAAGGUCCAGAUCAAUCAGAACUUCAAAAUGGUCGUGUACUGUAUUUUGCGGCAUAUAACGCGCACCUUUUUCACUUAAAAAAUGCCUGAAAGUUUAGCCCUGCGCGUUAUAUGCCGAAGGUACAAAUACGUAUUGAUUAUUUUUUUUCUUUGGGUUGUUUUAAGGGUCUUUUUUUUGUCUUGUCCAAUAAAAACUGUAAACUUACCUUUAUUAAUGUUUAAGAUCCUUCAUAGUCCAUAGCUGUCUUAUAAUAUGUUACCAAAGAAAACAGGGCGAUCAAAUAACCAGUAUAAAUAAAAAAUAAUGAAAGUGGUGGAGGAUUGCCAUCCCGCUUCUCCGUCGACCCGACCCGGCUGCCAUUUGCAUUGUUUUGUUUGACAGAGGUGCACUGUUGCCAAUUCGCACAGUACAAGCUACAUAAAAAAAUCAUAUUGGAAAAAAAAUAUAUCCAUAGUAGUCUGUCACAACCUACAAGUGAUAGGGAGAAUAAUGGGGUAAAUAUGAUAUCAGAAACUGUACAUCAUCAGUCUUGUAGGAGGAGAUAUUUCGCGCAACACCAGCCCAGCUGCCAUUUGCAUUGUUUGCAAACCACACAACCACACCCAUACAACAAACAGCUGCAUGCCGCGUGUCACCAGAACCGGGUGAAUUGUGUCUUGCUUAGUUGUCUGUCAUAACCUACGAGUGAUGGUGGGAAUAAUAUGCUAAUUAUGAUAUCAGAAGCUGUGCAUCAUCAGUAUGUACGGGGAUGUAUUUCUCACAACACCAGCCCGGCCGCCAUUUUCAUUGCUUUACUCAAGGACACUUGUCAAUUCAAGCAGUACAGGUUACGCCAAAAAAUAUACAAAUUUAGGGAAACUGUACAUUGUCAAUGUUCUUUAACCAUACAUGUUUCUGAGCAUUUCAAGAACUUUUUUUUCCAAAACUGUUGUCUUAAAGUUUGGGGUGCGCGUUAUACGCUGAUGCGCAUUGCACACCGCAAAAUACGGUAAAUAAGGAACCAUUUUAUACCCAAAGCUGUACUAAGAACAUAUUUGGACGUUCCUGGAGAGUAACACCCACAUAGAGCUUUGACCUACUUUCCAAAGUGGGUCAGACUCCAGGUCAAGGUAACACCUGUCAACACCUCACCAUCUCAAGCCGGCGUCCCGCCAGGCACAAGAACAUAUGGAGUCUGCAUGGGGCUGGUCAUGUAAACCUAACCUCACCUAUCCUCACUGUCCUUGAAUUAAUCUAACCUUAUCUUAACUCCUUCACUGCGGCCGGGCCAAAACAGCGCCCCGCGCCGUAUCCAAGAACACUGUGCGCGCCAAAUUUCAAAUGUCACUAUUGAAUAUGACUAAGUUUUCAGCCAUAAACUCAACAUAAUCAUCAUGUAUUAUAAUUGAAAACAAGUUAAUUGAUAAUUUUGAGAUGUAAGCAUAUAUAUACAGAGAUGAAAUAACUCAUAUACUUGCUAAAGCGAGCCAGGACACAGUAUGCACAUCCUUGGAUAUGGUACGGUGCAGGUAAGGACACAGUAUACACGUCCUCGUGUUGAAGGGGUUAACCUCUUCAGUCCGGGGACGUCUCAAUACGUCCUGCCUGCCGCAGCAUGCAGCAAUUAAGAUACGUUGUAUCUUAAUUAGUUUAUCAUAAUGAGUAAGCCAUUUUCUGUGAGUUGUCAUCUUUAGAAAAUUGUUGUAGAUAAUUAUGCAAUCUAAUUUGAAGCCUGUUAAGUUAUUUAAAAUUCAUAAAUUACAGUUUUUGCAUGUUUCUGCUCUAAAUCACUUCAUUUUCUCUAUGUAAAAUAAAUAAAUAAAUAAAUAAAAGUGCUUGAAAUUGUAACUUGUAACAAGAAAACACUUGCACACACACACACACACACACACACACACACCAUACGCAUUGAGAACCGAACCGAGCCCGAGAUGGAUUUGUUUACGCCACCAUCACAUAAACAAGAACUAGCGGCUGAUUUCUCCGGAUUCGAGGAAAACAGUGAGUUGCAAAAUAGACUAUUGCAGAGAAGGGUGAAAGGGUUGGAGAGUGAUUUUGAAGUGGUGAUGAAGAUGGUGAGUGAGUUGAGAAGGGAGAGAGAGGACGACAAGAGAAGGAUAAAUGAUUUAGAAGCAGAAGUGAAGGAACUCAACAUUCAGUUGAUAAAAUGCUCCGAGGGGAUAAAGAAUAACGUGGAUUCGGUGGAAAAGAUGAAUAAGGAGCAGAAUCAGUGGGAGGAGAAGCGAAGGGAUGAAAAAGUGGAAGUGGAGCAAAGAGUUAAGAAUUUGGAACAGAAAGUUGAUAAUGGUGGAGAGAUGGUGCAGAGUGGGAGUGUACAGAGCUUUAAGGAGAUUGUGGAGGAGCACUUGGAGGAGAGGAUGGCUGAGAAGGUGGUGAAGGUAAUCAAAGAAAACGAGGCACUGGUAAGAGGCACGGUGGAGAAAUAGAAGAGCAUCAUUGUGUUCGGGGUCAAGGAGGAGAAGACCCAGAACAAAUCUGUGAGGGAAAACAACUUGAAGGAUGUAGCGAGGAAGAUCGUACAGAGGGUACAAGAAGAGGGAAGCGACUUGGAAAAAGAAAUAGAUGACUGUCAUAGGAUUGGCAAAUACAAUGGAGAAAGAGAUAGACCAAUUAGGAUUCAAUUCAAGGCACAGAGCGAAGCAGAAGAGGCCCUGGCAGGAGCUUGGAUGCUAGCGGGAGAAGAAGACACCAAAAUGAUGUGGCUGAGGAAAGAUCUGAAUGAACAAGAGAGAGACAAGCUCAAUGAACUUAGAGGUGAGGUUCGUGAUUUAAAUGAGAAGAGAUCGGAAGAAGAGAAGAAGGAGUUUUUUGGAGAGUAAUGGAUAUGAAAGUGAGGAAGUGGUUCAUGGUGAGGAGAGGAAGGAGAGAAAAAGUCUAACAGGAAAGGAGGAAGGAUGGAAAGUGUCAUAUAUCAAUGGAAUAAUGUCAUCGUGGAUAGUUUAACGACUAUUUGAGAGACAAAGAACCUGAUAUUGUGGGGCUGACGGAAACCAAGUUGUGUGACCCAAUUGAGGUGGUGGGGAUUGGAGAAGGUGCAUACAAUAUAUGGAGGAGAGACAGAAAGAGAAAACAGGGAGGAGGUGUGAUGUUGAUGGUAAGGAAAGGCAUUAGGGUGGAGAAGGUGAUUGAGGGUGAAGGCUUGGCAGAGGUACUGAAAGUGGAAACUGUGGGUGCUGAAGGAAGAAGGAGGCAGUAUGUAGUAGGGUAUGUGCCACCAAGAACCAAUGCAUGGAAGGCCCGAGAAUAUGAAGUAAUGAUACAGGACACGGUGAGUUGCCUGGAUGGAAUGUUAAGAGAGAGUGAGAGAAUAAUUUUGAUGGGUGAUUUUAAUUGCAAAGAGGUAGAAUGGGAGGAUUGGCGGACGCAGGGAACAGAAGAGUCGUGGGGAGGAAGACUCCUGCAACUGGCAAUGGAACAUGUGCUGACGCAAUGGAUUAAGGAACAUACUAGAUUCGGGAAAGAAGGAGAGGCAUCAAGAUUAGACCUGGUUUUUAGCAAGGAACCGGAAGUAAUAGAAAAUAUUAAAAGAGACUGCCCAAUAGCUAAGAGUGACCAUGCGAUUGUGGAAUUUGAAGUAAAAGAAAAGAGAAGGAUCGACCAAAAAGAGGAUCAUAAAAUAGGGAGAAGAAACUACUGUAAGGCAGACUUUGUUAGCAUGAGAACUUUUUUUGAGAAUGCAAAUUGGAGUGGGCUGUACAAAGCCAGGAGUACGCAAGACAAGUGGGAGGAGUUUUUAAAGCUGUACAAGGAAGCCGAGAAUAGAUAUGUCCCUAAGGUAACCAAAAGGGAUGUUGGUAAAAAGGAGAGGUUUAACAAAAGAUGCGAGGCAGCUAGAAAAAGAAAGGAGGAAGCCUGGAAGGGAUGGAGGAGACGAGGAAGAAUCAACGCGUGGAACAAUUUCAAACAAGCAAGGAAUGAACAUACAAAGAUUAGAAGAGAAGAAAAACGGAAAUAUGAAAAAGAUAUAAUAGACAAGUGCAAAGACCAACCCAAACUAUUCUAUAGACAUGUGAACGACAAAUUAAAGAAUAGAGAAACAAUCAAUAAACUGAAAAUGGAUGGAACUGCAUAUGAAGACCCAGCAGAGAUGGCAGAAGUGAUGAACAACAGCUUCCAUAGAGUUUUUACAAAGGAAGACGAAUUUGUACAACCACCGGGCCAGGAAAGAGGAAGGGUUAUGCAGGAGAUACAGUUAACGGUGCAGGAGGUCAAGGAAAGCUUGAACAAGCUGGAUGUAAGAAAGGCGACAGGGCCGGAUGAAGUAUCAGGGUGGAUCCUGAAAGAAUGUAGUGAGCAACUUGCAGAGAAAUUCCACUCCAUAAUGAGCGCCUCCCUGAGUGAAGGAAGGGUACCACAAGAUUGGAAGAGAGCAAACAUGGUACCAAUUUAUAAAGGAGGAAAGAGAGAGGACCCAUUAAAUUACAGACCGGUAUCACUCACUAGUGUGGUUGCGAAGAUAUGUGAGAGGCUGGUUAAAAACAGGUAGUCGGAUUUUUUAGAAAGUGAGAUAAUUAUCUCAGAUUGCCAGUUUGGAUUCAGGAGAGGGAGAUCUUGUGUCACCAACUUGUUGUGUUAUUACUCAAGGGUGACAGAUUUAAUACAAGAGAGAGAAGGCUGGGGGGAUGGAGUGUACCUGGAUUUGAAAAAGGCAUUCGACAAAGUACCGCACAGAAGACUAAUUUGGAAAAUUAAAAAUAGGGGUGGAGUGGGUGAUGGACUGAUUAAGUGGCUGGAGGACUUCCUUACAAACAGGGAAAUGAGGACAAUAAUCAGGGACAGGGUUUCCAACUGGUGCCCAGGGAGGAGUGGGGUCCCGCAAGGUUCAGUGCUGGCACCAAUAAUGUUUGCUGUUUAUAUAAAUGAUAUGGUGGACGGAGUGACCAGCUAUGUGAGUUUGUUUGCAGAUGAUGCAAAGCUUUGAGACGAGUCAAUGAUGUGAAGGACUGUGAGGCAUUGCAGAGGGACCUGGACAAAAUAUGGGAGUGGAGUGGUACAUGGCAGAUGGAGUUCAACCUUGGGAAAUGUAAAACCAUAGAGUUUGGUAGGAGUGGAAGAAGAUGUGAAUAUGAUUAUAAGAUGGGAAGUGAGAUAAUAUGCAGAGGAGUGGAAGAAAAAGAUUUGGGAGUGACUGUCUCAGAGAACAUGUCACCGGACAAACACAUCAACAGGAUAACGGGACAAACUAUGAAUUUGCUGAGGAACAUAAGGACGGCAUUUGUGUAUUUGGACGAGGAGAUGAUGAAGAAAAUAAUAGUUACAAUGAUAAGGCCAAGGUUGGAGUAUGCAGCAGUGGUCUGGCCUCCUCAUGAAAAGAAGAACAUAAGAAAGCUGGAAAGAGUACAGAGAGCAGCAACUAAGAUGGUACCGGAACUUAGGGAUCGGACUUACGAGGGGAGACUCAAUAGCAUGGGCCUCACAACCCUGGAGAAAAGAAAAGAGGAGACCUGCUAGUGGUGUACAGGGUGGCGAGCAGGGUGGAGAAUCUGGACAGAGAGGACCUGUGUGUGUGGAGCGAGAGAGAAACGAGAGGACAUGGAAAGAAGUUGAGGGCGACCACGUGUAGGCGAGAUGUGAAAAAGUUUAGCUUCCUAAACAGAAGCAUUGAGCCAUGGAAUGGACUGGAGGAGGAGGUGGUUUGUGCAAGAAACAUUCAUGAUUUUAAGGAAAAAUUGGAAGAGUGGAUAUGGAGAUGGGACAGCUUGGGCUCUUUUCCUGUAUGUCACAAAUAGGUAAAUACAACUAGGUAAUACACACACACACACACACACACACACACACACACACACACACACACACACACACACACACACACUGGAGAGAAGAGAGAGAGGGGACCUAAUAGCAUUGUACAGGAUACAAGAGGGAUUGGAGAAAUUGGACAGGGAAGACCUAGUGGUACGUGACAGAAGUGUGACAAGAGGCAAUGGUAAGAAAUUGAAGAAGAGUGACUGUAGGAGAGACAUCAAGAAAUACAGUUUUCCACACAGAAGCAUAACAACAUAGAACGGACUUGACGAGGAGACUGUGUGCAAAAACGAUUCAUGAAUUUAAAGCCAAACUGGAUGAUAAGCGUUAUGGAGACGGGACAGGACGAGCCUAGUACAGCUCUUUUCCUGUAUUUCAUAACUAGGUAAAUACAACUAGGUAUUUUUUUUUUUUUUUUUUUUUAUAACAAAGGAGGCAGCUCAAGGGCACAAAAAAAAACAUUGACCAAUGUAGUAUGUAAAAUAUGUGAGAAAGUGAUAAAGAAACAAUGGACGCAAUUUCUAGGAGAAAAAUUUAACCACAAGUAGCUAAACAGUAUGGAUUUAGAAAAGGGCGCUCAUGUGUGAUAAACUUACUGAGCUUUUACUCAAGAGUGACAGAUAAAAUACAGGAGAGGGACGGAUGGGUUGACUGCGUCUACCUGGACCUGAAGAAGGCGUUUGACAAAGUUCCACAUACAAGACUGCUAUGGAAACUAGAAAAUAAAGGAGGAUUGAAAGGGAAAAUGAAGAACUGGAUGGAAAGCUACCUAAAGGGAAGAGAGAUGAGAACAGUGGUUAAGGACAUAAAAUCGGAAUGGAGAACUGUAGAGGGUGGAGUGCCUCAGGGAUCGGUAUUGGCACCAAUACUUUUCCUAGUAUAUAUUAAUGACAUGCCAGAGGGAGUAAAUAGUUAUAUGAGCCUGUUCGCAGAUGAUGCAAAGCUGCUAAGACAUAUAAGAAACAGUAAAGACUGCAAAAUUCUGCAAGAAGACCUAAACAAGAUUUGGAAGUGGAGUAUGGAAUGGGAGAUGAAAUUCAAUGUGAAGAAAUGUCAUGUUAUGGAAAUGGGAAAAAGUGAAGGAAGACCAAAAUGGACAUAUAAAAUGGGAGAUGGUGAAACAUUAAAGGAAGUACAUGAAGAGAGAGAUAUGGGAGUAAUAAUGCAAGAUAACAAACAGCCAGAGAGUCAUGUUAAUCGGAUAUUCGGUGAUACGUAUAACAUGGUGAGAAAUAUAGGAAUAGCAUUCCACUACAUGGAUAAGGAUAUGAUGAAAAAGUUAAUUAUUACUAUGAUCAGACCAAAGUUGCAAUAUGCGGCAGCAGUGUGGUCUCCCCAUAAGAAGAAACACAUAAAGAAACUAGAAAGAAUACAAAGGAUGGCAACAAAAAUGGUUCCAGAGCUGGAGGGAUUGACAUACGAGGAAAGACUAAAGGAAAUGGACUUACCAACACUAGAACAAAGAAGAGAAAGGGGAGACCUAAUACAAAUUACAAAUUAUUGAGCAAAAUGGAAGAAGUAGACAACGUGGAGUUACUACUAAAAGAAGAAAUUACCACCAGGAACACAAGAAGACAUAGUAAAAAAUUGAGGAAGGGAAGAUGCUUGAGAGACAUAAAGAAAUACAGCUUCCCAAAAAGAAAUACAGUCGUCCCUCAAAUAGUACGGGGGUUAGGGACUGAGGACCCCCGUACUAUUCGAAAAUCCGUAUAAAAUUAGUGCCCCCCAUAGAAACACUCCUGUGCUGCGUUUGAGAGAGGGAAUUGGGACUCUCAGUACAUCCCAAGUGCUCUCAAACGCAUGCUUCCAUUGCAUCAGGAAGAUCAGCGUACCCCAUUUUGCUGCGAGUGAAACGCCGUUACCAUAGCAGAACUCUUGGAGCACUGGCAGUUACUGCGGCAAGAAUUUCUUUUACACUAUGAUAGAUACAGAAAACACUGCUCUCAUUCACAUGAUAUGCUCUCCCUACCACAACAUAACUCAUCCCAAAAUGUAACUUCUAAAUCUGAAUUCUUCUGCAAGGUGAACACCUUCCUCAAACGCUUUUGGGUGCUUUCAGCAGGUGUUUUGGUAGAACAGUGUUGCCACUCACGCCAGGGCUACUUGGUGCGACAAGUGGGAAAUUUAAAAAUCCUAAAAGAAUUUUUCCAUGACAAUCCGUACAAAACCGAAACCGUACUAUUGGAAACCGUACUAUUUGAGGGACGACUGUGUAGAGGUUUGGAGCGGACUAAGUGCGGAUGUAGUAUCGGCAAGAAGUGUGCAAAGCUUUAAGGAAAAGUUGGAUACGGAGACGGGACCACACGAGCGUAAAGCCCAGGCCCUGUAAAACUACAACUAGGUAAAUACAACUAGGUAAAUACACACACAUACACACAAACACAAACAAGCGUAAGCCCAGGCCCUGUAAAAUUACAACUAGGUAAAUACACACACCCACACAACUCUGACUUUGAUUCUGUUAAAAAAUGUGCAGGGCAACAGGAUUGGUGCGUAACGCACUUUAACACUGCGGUAAAACUGUUUACAUUACAUGAAAUUUACAUUGCGUGAACUCACCAGGAACACAAUAACGACGCAAAUUGAAAGGUACCUGUAAAUAUAUGGCCAGUGUCACUUCUGCCACAUCUUCUUACCUUCUGUGAAUGUUUCGCUCAACUUUAAUUGACGUUUCCAGUGAACGGUCGCCUAUAGAAGAUGCUGCAGAUUAUUGUGAGGGGGUUGUUGUUGUUGGACACCAUUUUGCUAGCCAACUGGCAUUUGCUAGAUCUAGUGGUAAGCUUGUAUAGCAGACCCUAUACUCCCUAAACUUUUCCUCCGUGGUGCAGUGGUUAGCAUGCCUAGUUACGACUCUGGGGGCCUGGGUCUGAAUCUCAGCCUGGGAAAUCAGUGUGCAGCCCAUCCAGCUGUUCAUCCUCCCUUUACAAUAAAUGGGUACCUGGGGAAGCCUGGGGAAGGCAAGCUAUGGUAACCCAGAUGUCACACUGGCCCUGUGUCCCAGGAUAAUAGGUUCUUACCAACUACAGGCUCAAGGGCCAAUGCAACAGAGAUGCGCACCAAGGCCACGCACAACUACGGCAUAUACCCCCAACCUUACCCGUACUAAAAAUCAGAAUGAUUAAUGAA